GAAGUUUCCAUUUCUUAUUGAAAAAAAUCAUGAUAAAUAAAUUUUACAACUUGUUUUCUGAGUGGGGGAUUAUUUCUCAAAUAUUUCGAACUUGAUCUUCUUCAAUUCGACUAGUCAGUCCGGUGUUGGUGCUAACAGGUUCUAGGGACAAGACUUAAGCAAGAUGAAGUUUCUAUUUCUUGUAUUGAUUGCUGUGACAGUUUGUGCUGAUGAUGCUUUAAAAGAACUCCAACAAGGAAAUAUCCAGUUUUCGUCAGCAUUAUAUCAGCAACUGAUCAAAACCAAUCCUGGAAACAUAAUUGUCAGUCCGCUAUCUGUCCAACUUGUCCUAGCGUUGACCCAACUGGGCGCAAAAGGGGAUACAGCGCAAGAGUUAACCAAAGGACUUUACCUCCCUAAUUCGCCUGAGAAGGUAAAAGAAGCUUUCAAACUCCUCCUUCCAAAGCUUAAAGGAAACGAGUUCUACAAGUUGGAAGCUGCAAACAAGGUGUACAUCAAAGAAGAUUAUGCCAUCAACGCAGAAUUUCAAAAACUCGCCGAGGAAAUUUUCGGAGCUGGUCUGGAAAACAUCGAUUUUGUCGAUACCGCAGCAGCUUCGGUCACGAUAAACAAAUGGGUGGAAGGAAAAACUAACGAGAAAAUCAAAAAUCUUAUCACUCCUGAUAUGCUCAGCGCGAUGACGAGACUUGUACUAGUCAAUGCAGUUUAUUUCAAUGGUAAUUGGUCUUCACCCUUUGACACCUAUGGCACAGAAAAAAGAAAAUUCUUCAAAUCUGAAAAAGAAGAGAUCGAAGUUGCCACAAUGCAAGUAACAGAAACAUUCAAAUAUGCGGAAAAUAAGGAUUUGGACGUCAGGUUCCUAGAACUCCCAUAUGAUGGACACGAUGUUACUUUCACCAUCAUCCUUCCCAAUCAGAAGGAAGGUUUGAAAUCUGUAGAAGGCCGCUUGAAUGAAGUUUUACUUCCACAGAACUAUUCUUAUGAAAGAGUUCACCUUUAUUUACCAAAAUUCAGAAUUGAAAAUACAUUCAAACUUGUCCCUGCUCUAAAAGAGUUGGGUAUCCAAAAAGCUUUCGAUGGAGAUGAAGCAGAUUUAACUGGAUUUCUUGCUGAUAAAAAAUCUUUGGUAAUAAGUGAUGUGGUGCAGAAAGCUUUCAUCAAUGUUACUGAAACUGGGACAGAGGCUGCAGCUGCUACUGCAGUCGCGUUGAACCGCGUGCUUUUCGAGCAUUCCAUGACACCCAUAGAUUUCAAAGUUGAACAACCAUUCCUGUAUUUCAUAAGAAAAGAAGAGGCCAUUCUGUUUCUUGGUCGAAUAUCUUCUCCAUCUUCAUGAAGUGUUCUAGAGUUGCAUUAGCGCGGCAGUAGCAAUUGUUGGAAUUCCUCUAUCUGCAGUCAUUGACGAGGGAAUACUACUGGAAGUGGAUAGACCUUUUCUCUUCUACAUAACACAUGUUGGGUCCAAACAAAUAUUAUUUGUAGGGCGAUUCUCGUCUUGAAUGAAAUAAUAUAAUUUAAUCCAAUUAUAUCAUUAGCAGAUCUCAUUUAUUUUUAAAUAAAAUUUCGAAGCAUG